ACAGGCUCUCGAUGUGCAGCAAACUGUGCUAUGCCAUAGGAGGUGCCCCAAACCAAGUGGCAGGGAGUGCUGCUUCCUUCUUCCUGCAGAUCUACCUGCUAGACAUAGCCCAUAUUACUCCGUUUCACGCCUCUUUGGUGCUGUUCAUUGGCAAAGCCUCAGGUGCAGUUACUGAUCCUGUUGCUGGCUUUUUUAUUAGCAAAAGUAGAUGGACAAAAAUUGGCCGGCUCAUGCCUUGGGUGCUGGCAUGCACACCCUUCACAAUAGUCUCCUAUUUUUUUAUGUGGUACCUGCCUCCAUUUGCAUCAGGAAGAGUUGCUUGGUAUCUGACUUUCCACUGCCUUUUCCAAGCACUGACCACAUUAUUCCAAGUACCAUAUUCUGCCCUCACCAUGUUUCUCAGCACAGACCAGAAGGACAGAGAUUCUGCAACAGCAUAUAGAAUGACCAUGGAAGUUCUUGGGACUUUGAUUGGAGCUGCACUUCAGGGGCAGAUUGUGGCCAGUGCUCAUGUCUCUCCUCACUGCACUGUGAAUCCCUCAGUGAACACCACUGACCCCUGGCAAGACUCUGCCAGCAUUCCAGACCCUUCAGAUCCCCUGUCUCAUCAAGCAAAAGUUUACAUGAUUGCAGCAGGGGUCAUAGCAGGUGUGUAUCUUCUUGGAAUUGUCGUUCUUUUUCUUGGAGUAAAGGAAAGGGAUGACAGAGCAAUUCCUUUUUGUAAGGGGCUGGCACUCACCAUGAAGCAUGGUCCAUAUGUGAAGCUUACAGCUUCAUUUCUUCUCAUCUCGACAGCAGUACAGCUGGAGCAGGGAAACUUUGUCCUGUUCUGCACUCAUGCUGCUGGCCUCCGGAAUCACUUCCAGUAUUUGGUGGUGACCAUCUUGGUAUCAGCAGUCCUGAGCGUUCCCUUCUGGCAGAAGUUUCUGCAGAGAUUUGGCAAGAAGUGUGCAGCAUGUGGGAUUUCGUGGAUGAUUCCUUUUGCAGUGAUGCUAGUGACCAUUCCAAACCUGAUCCUGGCUUACUUCGUGGCCUUCAUCUCUGGUCUGAGCAUUGCAGCAUCUCUUCUGUUGCCAUGGUCAAUGUUGCCUGAUGUUGUUGAUAACUUUCGCCUGCAGAAUCCCCAUGGGAAAGGACAUGAAACCAUUUUCUAUUCUUCUUAUGUUUUUUUUACCAAGAUGUCAGCGGGAAUUGGCUUAGGAAUUUCUGCAGCAGGACUGGAGUUUGCUGGAUACAAGCCAGGGAUAUGCAGACAGUCAGAUAAUGUGAUCCUCACACUGAAACUCCUCAUUGGAGCAGUCCCUGCCAUCCUCAUCCUUUUAGGUUUAUUUAUACUCCUUUUCUACCCGAUCACUGAAGAAAGUCGGAAAGAAACGAAGCUUGCCCUUGAAGAGUUAAGGAGGAGCCAUCAAAGCACAGAGAACCUGGACAGCCACAAAAAGGACACCUCUGUCUGAAAGCCCUGAAUGCAGAGGCUUUCCAAAUACAGACUCACAUCCCAACAACAAACUCUGUGAGAGUUUUCCAGGUCAUUCCUCUGCUCACAUUUUACCAAAAAGGACAAAGGAUGAUUCUGACACAACCAGUAAUAAAAUCAAGAGGGGACACCAUUGUGCAAAUAUACAUCUAACUCCAUGCACUG